UUAAAAAAAAAGGUAAAUGCCCGGCAAAUUAGCUUUUGAGCACCUCUCGGAAACACAGGUGACAGCUUGACAGGGAAUGAUGUCAGGGCUUCAUAGAUGUUCAAGUGCUCCAUUGAAGAACGGCCUUCCUCCUCAAGAGCUUCUCGAUGAUCUCUGCAGUCGCUUUGUCUUGAAUGUUCCAAAGGAAGAUCAACAAUCAUUUGAGAGAAUCUUGUUUUUGGUUGAGUACGCGCAUUGGUUCUAUGAGGAUAAUACAGUUGAGAAGAAUCCAUCUUUGAAAUCGUUUUCCCUUAAGGAAUUUACUUCUUUAAUGUUUAACAGUUGCGAGGUAUUGAAACCCUAUGUUCCACACAUUGAUGAUAUAUUCAAGGACUUCAAGUCAUACAAAGUUCGGGUUCCCGUCACUGGAGCAAUCAUUUUGGACCAAACUUAUGAAAGGUGCAUUUUGGUUAAAGGGUGGAAAGGAACCAGCUGGAGUUUUCCACGAGGAAAAAAGAGUAAGGAUGAGGAGGAUCAUGCAUGUGCCGUGAGAGAAGUUCUGGAGGAAACGGGAUUUGAUGUGUCUGGACUUCUUUCCAAAGAAGAGUACAUUGAAGUGAUAUUUGGGCAGCAGCGUGUGCGCCUUUAUAUAAUUGCUGGUGUUACUGAUGACACUGCCUUUGCUCCUCUUACUAAAAAGGAGAUCAGUGAAAUUGCUUGGCAACGACUGAAUGAUCUCCAGCCUGCAAGUGAUGAUGUGAUAUCACAUAGUGUCACGGGACUUAAGCUUUACAUGGUUGCUCCAUUUUUGAAGUCAUUAAAAUCAUGGAUUUCAAAACAUGCUCCUCCUGUUGCUUCAAAAUCGGACUCUUCUCAUAGAGGCUUCAGUGUUUGGAAGGCAAAAAAUAGUUCUUUGGGAAGCAGCUCAACCUCGGUUGACAACCAGCAUACGAAGCCUAUAUCCGAUCCUCAUGUUGCUGAAACUGGUCCCAGUCCUGUUGAUGAAACUGGCCCUGGCAAAAGCUUUAGAAACUUCAGUUUUAAUACGGGAUCGAUCAUACAAGCCAUGGAAUCAGCAUUUUCUUCUUGAAUACCCAUGGUCCGAAUCUCAGAAGGCAGUUGUAUAUUAUCUCUAGUGACGAUGAUAAUCGAGUCAAGCACUGCACAUGAAUAGCUUAGUUAGUACUGCAUCUGUACACUGUAUUUAUCAGGAGUUCAAGGUUGUAGGUACUUGUAGAUUAUGUAUAGAAUUCCUUCAGAGCAAUCCAAUGUUCAAAUCUAAUUAAA